CAAAAAAAAACAAAAUGGCGACUUGCACAGUGUGAUUUUGUGAAUGCGCGUGAAAAGAUUCCGAAUUGCGACUGGUUUUAGGGUCUAUUUUACUUACUAUAAUUGAUAGUCUGCACGUUUUAUCUAGAGAUCGAGGCGGUAUGGAGGAAGUAACAAAGCAUUCUGUCCACACACUGGUGUUCAGAUCAUUAAAGAGGUCCCAUGAUAUUUUCAUCUCAGACAACAUUCAGCCGCCACCUGUUGAUGAGAAAAGUGAAAGAAUAAAGAUUGCUUGCAAAAUCCAAGAUGAGUAUGGAAUGGUACAGCACCUCCCACCGCCGAGAGAAAGCAAGCCACCUCCCUUACAACAGAAUAAUGUCAGUCUGAUGCCACAGGAAGCAAACCGAGAUUUCGGUGACAUGCAGACACAAGUAACAACAGGUUUCCAGUAUCCAAACGCACCUGGGGUACCGCUGUCUGCUGAGACAGCAGCUCAACCAUCUCCACUUAGCCAGAGGGCAGUCCAGGGUGUACUAGCUGGUCUCCCACCAUCACAGUCAUGGCUCGACAGUGAAAAGACAGCAGCCAGCGUGGAGGAUAUCCACAGGCAUGCUGGGAUACCGGAGAGGACUGGGCCCCUAGGGUCAAAGGCACUUGUUGCAAUCCCUAGUGGGGGCAAACAGUCUGGUGCCAUUGUACCCAGGAAAGCACCGACGAUGCCCAAGCCGCAGUGGAGACCUCCAUGGAAGCUGUACCGUGUCAUCAGCGGCCAUAUCGGAUGGGUCAGGAGCAUUGCUGUGGAGCCCGGUAAUCAGUGGUUUGUGACAGGGUCCAACGACAGAGUCAUCAAGAUAUGGGAUUUGGCAAGUGGCAAGCUGAAGCUGUCCCUGACAGGUCACAUCAGUGCCGUACGUGGCCUGGCAGUCAGCAAACGCCAACCCUACUUAUUCUCCUGCUCUGAAGACAAACAGGUCAAAUGCUGGGACUUGGAACAGAAUAAGGUCAUCAGGCACUACCACGGCCAUCUGAGCGCAGUCUAUGCCCUAGACCUUCAUCCAACCAUUGACAUCCUAGCCACCUGUGGCCGGGACUCCACAGUGCGUAUCUGGGACAUGAGAACUAAAGCCUGUAUCCACACGCUGGCCGGUCACACCAACACGGUCGCUACGGUCAAAUGCCAAGCUGCAGAACCACAGGUUGUUAGUGGCAGCCAUGAUUCCACAGUUCGUCUAUGGGAUCUCGCAGCAGGCAAGAGUCGUGCGACGCUGACCAAUCACAAGAAGAGUGUGCGAGCCCUGGUCAUCCAUCCAAAACUGCACAUGAUGGCCUCAGCCUCUCCAGACAACAUAAAGCAGUGGAAGUUCCCUGAUGGUAACUUCACACAGAACCUGGGCGGCCACAAUGCCAUCAUCAACUGCCUGGCCGUCAAUUCAGAUGGUGUACUGGUAUCUGGAGGUGACAAUGGUUCGCUUCAUUUCUGGGACUGGCGGACUGGCUACAAUUUCCAGCGCACCCAGGCCCCCAUCCAGCCCGGCUCCAUAGACAGCGAGGCGGGCAUCUUUGCCUGUCUGUUUGACAACAGCCAGAGUCGGCUCAUCACUGCCGAGGCGGACAAAACCAUCAAGAUAUACAAGGAAGAUGAGGACGCCACGGAAGAGACCCAUCCCAUCAACUGGAAGCCAGAAAUCAUGAAGAAGAAAAAGUAUUAGAGAAGAGGGCACAAAAAUAUUGAAAAAGUAACAUGGAUGCAGGGGGUUCAGCAAAACUCUACUUACAUGUAACCAUAAACGGUAUUGCAAAAAGUAAAUUGCCCAUGAUGUCUUUUUACGGAAAAAUUAGGAAUGGCUUAAGUGUAUCCAUUUCCGAGAUGUAAGGUAAAAUAUUUGUUGGCAUUGAUAGGUAAAAACAUAUGAAAUGUGACACUUAAUGAGUAUGGGUAUUGUCUUAUUUUAUGUUAUGUGUUACAGGGGUUUACUUUACUUUUUCUGAAAAAAAAAAUGAAUGCACCUACCAUGAAUUUAAUUCAACCUAUUUUAUGUUGGCAAAUUUUGCUUUUGGUGAAUUGAUAUGGUGAACCCCAGUGCAAAUUGAAAGUAAGAAAAGCAUUGACUUUACAACUAUUUUGUGUCUGAUAUGUUGUUUGUCGUUUUUAUGAUUGCCUUUAUAAGUAUAAUAAGUGUUAACCUUUAGCAAACCCAACAUUUUUUACUCAGAAAUUGGAAUAACUUCCACUACAUUUCGGUACAAGUUCCCCAUUCGUGGGUCGCAAAAACAACUUUCAGGUCUUACACAGUGUACAUUAGCAUGAAAAUCUUUGUUUAAAUACAUUGUGUCAACCCCCCAAAAAACGCCUAAGUUACUUCACUGGAUAUCAUUUAGAAUUUCUUUGUCUUUUGUGUUUGCUCCUGUGUUGUGUAUUGUGUAAUUUUAAACUUCUGUUCCCAUUCUCUGUCGAAAAUCAACUUUUUGUACAAAAUAAACAAAUUAAAUAAUGGGAAAUGA